GCCAAAUUUUAAGUGACGCUAAAGUCCUCAUCCAUUUAUGCAACUACAUUGAACCAUGGGAUGAUUUAUCCUUGUCUCAAAAGAAGAGCCUUAAUCAGAGAUACCAAAUGGGCUGUGGCUGCAAAAUUACUACCUGCUACAUGGUGCCCUGCUCAAUCACUACACCAAAUGAGUGCCUCUGGACAGACUGGCUGAUAGAAAGAAAGCUCUAUGGGCACCAAGCCAAGCAUUAUGCCUGUAUCAAGAGAAGCGAUGGCACUUGCAGCUGGUACCGAGGUGGUCCUCCCCCAGAGAAAGAGUUUAUUGAUAUCAGCGAACCUUAAAGCGAUCACUUCCUAAAAAGCCUUGGAGUCUAAUUCCAUCAAACACUGCACGCUCACAGCUUCGAACUGCCAUCGUCUAAUGUAUCUGUUGCUUAGAAACAAAAAGAAAUUGUCCUGUACAGCUAAAGUACGAGUCUGUGGAAUUGGCCCUCACGCAAGAUGAGGAGCAAACCUCCUGGAGGUAGCUACUCUGUUCAGUUGUGCUUUGCACAGAGGCCCGAGCUAAGAAUGCUCCUCUGUCCUCUAAGGCACAACAGGUUUCCCUUUUACCAAUACGAAUGUACAAGAACAAAUGAAUUGCCAGAAUUGUGUCCCCUAUUUCUGUUAACCUACAGGUUAAGAGAGCCCCAUGUUUUACUCCAAAUCUUUCUGAUGAACUACGGAAUGUUUUAUAGAACUAUUUUUUUCUGUAUGAAAGUCUUCUGAUACAUAAGAAUUAUUGUACAGUGUAUAUGUAAAGUAUUAUAACAAUGUUCUAUAAAAAAAGAUUCAAAAAUCCCUGGUUUUCCUUCUCUGUUGAAAUAAGUUGAACACUUUGGUGAUUAAACAAUCUGUG